GUUAAGCACACAGUUCUCGUUUUCUCUCUAGGCAGCUAGGUUUUCCCCUCUCGACAAGUUCUCUCGUCUGGCGGCGCACCCUUGUCGGCGUGGGCCUCCGGGCUCGUCGGCGGGCGGCGCGUGCAGCCGGACGGACUCUCUCUCCUGAUGUUUUCAGACGGCAAGGAAUGUUUUGGCCGAGUUUUGGCCGGUGUUUCGACUGAUCCAUUCAAUCCGGCUCGGAUCCGAUCUGCGUUGAGAUUGGGUGUGUUGGAUCGUGGGAUAGGUAGCAAGGCUUGGCAAGGGUUGGCUAGGGACAGGCUGAUUAGAGGGUUGAGAUGGAGGGAUGGAGUCGCUGUGUUUGCUGCGUCAUUGAUCCGUGGUUCUGCGGCCUUGUUUUCUUUGCCAAUGAGUUGGCUGCUUGGGCUCAGGUCGGAGAUUGGGCUGACUGUUCCGGUGGCUGGGAUUUGGAGGGAAUUCUGGGCUAGGCGGAGGCGCAGGGCUGGUGGCGCAGUGCGGGUGGCAGCGUUGAUAGGGCGACGUGGACGUUGUCUCGGUAUGCACACUCAGUGUGCCUUGUCUAGCCUAGCGAGGCGGCGAGUUAUUUGCUUGAUCAAAUGGACGCAAUCUCCUAGUGGCAGGAUGAAAUUGAGUGCCACCGGAUUUAUUUCUGUGCGGCAACAUAGUGGGAAAGCUGUAUUAUUUGUAAUGAUGCUUCUUCAUUAUAGAGUUAUCUUUCCGGUAUGUCACCGCUCUGUCAAAGCAAAUGUAGUAGUCAUUCUGUUGAGAGAAAAUCGCACACAGCGAGCGUAAAUGUCACCCAACAUAAUUUCACUCGUAUUCAUUUAGUGAAUAGAGUUUUUAUUAUUUCGGGUUCG